AUGGAACAAAUUCAUCAACAAACUGAGGAUUUUGUUGAAAAUGACACUCCUCCAGAUAGCCCUACAUCUUCUAGUUCUAGAUCAAGAGCAGAGUCUGGUAGGAGGAUAGGAGAAAAGAACAAAAGACGUUUAAAAUUAGAGAACCUUUUGCUGAGAGAAAAACUGCGAAUAAUGGAGAUAAGACUGAAGAAGUACAAAACGCGUAACAGCGAACUACCUACCAUUGAACAUUUGCUGUCAAGAAGUUUGACGCAAACGUUUAAAAGUACAUUCACCAUACACCAAGUAGCUUGGAACAAAAAUAGCCCGGGUCUUCUUCAUGCUCGAAAAUUAAGUUGCACUGAAUGUCAUCCACAUCAAAUCUGUCCACAUUAUGAAAUAGGUAUAAUCAAUACAGAAGCCAUUCGUGUCGGCUUCUGUGAAGGUGAAGUUCUUCCUUCCUCGUCACAUAGUGAUCAUACAUUAGACACUUCAGACAAAAAAACAUAUAAGAAAGCUCGCGCAUCAGAAAGCAGUUCUCCUCCUUGUACCGAAUCUUUAAUACGAUUUGAUAAUUCUCACUCAGUUCGUCGUAUUCUACAGGAACCCAAUCCUUUCCUAAUGGCUAGCUCGUCUAUUCUUAAAGAAAGAAAAUGCUCGACACUUUUUGAUGAUUCUGAGUGUAAUGAUUCACGUUUUUUUGAACAGCCCGGAUCUUCUCACAGAAAUACCGUAUUAUGUGUACUUGACGAUGACAAUCUGUCAAAUUUUGACGAUUCAGAUCAUGAACAUAAUCCUGUUGCGGUGUCGGUUCUU